AUGCAAGCAGCAUUACCACCUUUGGACGAUCCAAUAGUUUAUGUAUUCAAAGAAGAUCAUUUUGCUAAAGUUUAUGGAAGCAGACAAGGUCUUUAUCCACACAGUUAUUACACGUUUGCUGGAUUAAGAUAUGCAGAACCACCAGUUGGGAAAUAUAGAUUUCAAAGACCUAAAAAAUUAAAAAUGGAAGGAGACAUUAAGGGAACAAAAUAUGGAUCCCCUUGUCUUCAGCCAAAUCCAGACUAUCCAAAUCAAGUAAUUGGUUCUGAAGAUUGUUUGUUUUUAAAUAUCUACACUCCUAAGCUUCCUGGCUCUGGAGCCUCUCUUCCAGUUAUAUUUUGGAUUCACGGUGGUAAUUAUCGCCGAGGAUCUGCUGCUCAAUAUGGAGGAGGUUACUUGACUAGAAGAGAUGUGGUUGUGGUAACAGUUCAAUAUCGUUUAGGAUCCUUGGGUUUUUUAAGCAAUAAUGAUCAAAAUCUUCCUGGUAACGCCGCCAUGUUUGAUCUUGCAACAGCAAUUGACUGGGUAAAAAAUUAUAUUGAAUUUUUCGGUGGCGAUCCUCAAAAUAUUGUUCCCACUGGACAAGGAUCCGGAGCAUCCAGUGCCGUAUUUAUGGGUCUAUCGAAUGUAACUCAAAGUCGAGCCAGAAGUAUGAUAGCCAUGAGCGGUUCGCCAUUUUCUCCAACGGCUUUGGAUGAUAAACCAAAAGAAACAACAAAAAAAAUAGCAGAUAAAAAUGGAUGCCCUUCAAGUCCAACAGUUGAAUUUAUUAAAUGCAUGAGAGAAAUUCCAGCUGAAAAAUUAAUUCUAUCAGAUUCUGAAAUAGAAAAUGAAAACGUAGCCGAAAAGGGAAUCGAAAGCAUUGGAAUGAUAUUAACACCUUCUCCAGUUAUAGAAAAUCCAAACGAUUUUAGAUUUCUUCCAUCUUAUUUAGAAGAAGAACCAAGAACUGCCGUCGAUUUAAAUCACAUACCGAGAAUUCCUCUUCUAACGGGUGUUACCAAACAUGAAACUGCUGGAGCAGUUCGAGGAAAACUAAAAGACAAUAUUAUAACUCGUUUGAAAAAUUUUCCUAAUUAUGUAAAUGAUGAACGAAAUAAAAAUAGAUUUUAUUCUGCUGCUUCGUUGGCGACUAAUCCACUUCAAAUAUUCAAAGGAAAUUAUUUGGGACAAUUUAAAAAAACACUUCAAGAUGAAUUAUCAAACGUUAUUGAAGCAACUUCUGAUGCCCUGUUUAAUUUUCCUGCUUACCUUAUAAGUCAAGCAUGGACUCGUCAGAGGAUACCAACAUUUUUUUAUAGUUUUGAUCACGUUGGAAAAUUACGAGGAGUAAGAAAAUUACUCAAAGGUUCAUUAUUAGUCGAUUCUAAUGAUAAUGAAGAAUCUGAAGCGGCUACCCACGGUUCAGAUCUACCUUAUCUUUUCGAUUUACGGUCUUUGGAUGGUACACCUUUCACAUUUCAAAAUGAAUCAACUCCAUUACAUCCGGAUGAUGAAAAAGUUCGUAAUAAUCUAUUAGAUUUAAUAUCUAAUUUUGCCAGGAAUAGCAAUGAAAUAGAAUGUCAAAUGAAUCUUUGGUCUGGAAUUCAAGUCAAUAAACCAUGUUCUCCAUUAUCGAUAAUUGCAAAAAGCAUCGAUGGAUUAUUUACGAAUGCAACAAGUUCUAUUUUUAAACCAAAAGAAUUACCUGGAUUAAUAAAUUUAUUCAGAGGAAAAAAAUAA